GGAUCUUACCACUGGACGUUUGAGCGCUCUCUUUCUGUCAUAUCUCUCCCCCUGUUUGGCAGCGCCGUGUUCUUUGGAAGUAUUCCCGCUGUAGAUUUCCUUCUUGGAUUUGCCAUUCCCAUGCACUGCUACUUUGGGUUUGAGUCUAUGGUUAUCGACUAUUUCCCAAAACAUCGUUUCAGCACGGCCCACUCGUUGGCUAUGUGGAGUUUGCGUUUGUUCACUGCCCUCACCAUGUAUGGAUGCUAUUUGAUCAAUACUACUGAUGUGGGAUUAACUGCCCUUGCCAAACGUCUAUGGACUGGAAAGGAAUAA